CCAUCUAGUUCCAGCAGGUUUUUGUGUAUAACUCAAACUUUUGAGCAGCUUUCUUCUUGUGUGCAAAAAUGAACAUGAUUGCAACUAGCUGGUCUUUUAGGUGAAAAUAUUCUGUGAUGACUCCAUAAUGAAAGUAUAAUUUUGUCAUGAUAUAUUUUUAUCACUUGCAGAAAUAGAGUUAAUAAAUAAGAAACAAAAACUAUGCCAUCCAGAAAUUUCAUAUAUGUGGUGGACAGAUGCAAUAAUUUCCUGUUAUCAGGAUCCUCGAAACUGAAGUGUCUUCCAUUUUUUGUGAGGGACAAACAAGUAGGAAUAAUACGACCAGACAUACUACCACAUCUACAGAAAUACCAGGAUGUGUUCAUUACCUCCCCUUCCAUGCUGAAAUUGUCUGAUGACCUGAAAACUUUAAAGGAAAGAAGUGAGAAAGUUCAAGAAGUGUUGACAGAUUUACGAGAACAAAAAGUACUAGUGACUCUUAACGGAUGGAGAAACGAAACUUUUGACAUUAGAACAUCACCAAAAGAGAAAGCUUAUAUGGAAGUUGAAAGGUCAGGAAUAUGUUUAUUUGGAGCUAUAAGUUAUGGCGUACAUGUCAAUGGUUAUAUAGAAACUGACAAUCAGUUAAUGAUGUGGAUUGCCAGAAGAUCGCCCACUAAACCUACAUAUCCUAAUAAGUUAGAUAACAUGUGUGCAGGUGGGCUGGCUUCAGGAUUGAAAGUAAGACACUGUGCUAUUAAAGAAUGUGAAGAGGAAGCAUCAAUACCUAAAGAACUGACAGACAAACUAGUAGGAGUAGGAUGUGUCAGCUAUAUAUUGGAAGAUAAACGAGGUGUUUUCCCAGAGUGUGAGUAUUUAUUUGACCUAAAGUUACCGACUGAUUACCAGCCUGUGAAUGCUGAUGGUGAAGUUGGCGCUUUUGAACUGAUGUCUAUAGAUCAGGUUAUGGAUGCCAUAGUAUCAGAUGACUUUAAACCUAAUUCAGCACUGAUUAUGUUGGAUUUCCUUGUUAGACAUGGGUUUGUUACGCCUGAAAAUGAGAAGAAUUAUGCAUACUUAGUAGAAAUGAUGCAUGUACCAUUACAGAGCUACUUCGCUAAUACAACUCAGAUGUUGAGCAGAUAGCAUUAACAGUUAUAUAGGAAACAUUAAUGGUGGAUCAAAUGAAGAACCAAUUUGUAGUGUCUGGGAUAAAAGUACGAUAAGCAGAUCAUUCUUUUCCUAUUUUGCACAUUUUUGUCGAGCAUGUGACAUUUAUGUCGCAAAAGCGAGACAUAGAGGUCCUAGAUUCUGUCAUCGGCUUCAGGGUCGACGUCCGCAGCAUCAACAUUUAGGAUCAGACCGUGGUUAAAGUUUUUUCAGACAUCAAUAACUUUGUUAAACCUUCAUGGAAUAUUAAGAAAUUUGGACAGAAGCUUGUUCAUGACCAAAAUAUAGUUUCCAAAGCCAGAUUUUGAAAAUAUUUAUUUUCAUUUUUUCAAACCAUCAUGGAAUUUUAUGAAAUUUGGACAGAAGCUUGUCAAUGACUAAAAUACAGUAUCUAGAGCAAAAUUUUGAAAAUAUUUAUUUUCAUUUAUCGCUAUUUUACUGAUAAAUGAACAUAAUUUUUAUUACAGUUAACAAGUAGAUACAGUCUUGGGUUUAAGUUUUUUACACAUCAAUUACUUUGUCAAACCUUCAUAGAAUUUUAUGAAACUUUGGCAGAAGCUUUUUUAUGAUUAAGAAAUAAUGUCUGAAGCAAACUUUUGAAAAUAUACUUUCAUUUUCAGUAUUUUUCUGAUAGAUGGAAUAAGUUUUUUACAGUUAACAUUUACAGACAGUCUGGGAUUAAACUUUUUUGACAUGAUAAAUUUGUAAAUAUUCAUGAAUUGUUAUGAAACUUGGACAAAAGCUAAUCUUCAAGACCCAGAAAUAACAUCUAAAGAAUUUUUUUUAUUUUUUUUUAAUUCUGUAAUUUACUGAUAAAUGGACUCACUUUUUAAGUCAACAUUACACUUUUACACUGACAGCAGCAAUAGCAGGCAAGACAAAGGGUUCCACAUAACCCUUUACGAAUUUUAUAUAGAUCUGAUACAUUGUUUUUGUUUCAUUAUGGAAUAUAAUUGAAAUCUAAAGAAUACAUUUGGAGUUAAAUUCUUUCUGGUUGUAUGUUGUUUGCUAUCAAUGGUUUUGGUAAUAUUUUUUACCAUGCAAAUCAAUCAUAAUGCACAGAAAAAAGGCAGAUUCUAAUAUAAGAUUUCCAUUGUUGGUAUAUAAACAAACCCACUCUCUGAAAUAACACAAAUAUUUUAGACACAUGUACACUACUUAUUUUGUACGUUCUUGUACAUUAUUACUUUUAUCCCAUUAAAAUACAUUUUUAGUUGAUUAGAAGAUUUUUUUUUAAAUAUUCUUUAAAUUAUUUAUCUAUUAGGCUUUUAUGAAUAUUUUGUAUCAUAAUUCCAUGCUGUUCAAUGUAUGCUCAAAAAAUGAAGGGUGGAUGGGACCAGGUAAAAAUUCCUAGUAAUUUGCCAUUUGCUUAAUAGAUCUAAACAAGUGCAUAUUGGCCCUGUUAGGUUCAAAAUAAUUCUUAUCAUGCCCUAUAACCAAUUAAACAUAGAAGCCAUUAAAUUUGUCAGUAUUUUACACCUUCCUUUCCUCAUUGUAAAGAUAUUGAUACAUGUAAUGCCUACCCAUGUAAAAAUGAGUUGAAUUGUUAAUUACUUAAAUAGAAAGUUUUACUGACUUUUAUGUCAAAAUAAUAAAGGAUGGAACUGACAAUAAAUUGAGGGUAUAAAAGAUGGUUAGUCUGGUAAUCAAAAACACAGCAAAUUUUUCUAUCCGCAUUUGCAGUUUAUUAAAUUAAUAAUGAUAGAAGUAUUGAGGGCUGUAAUGCUGUGUGAAAGGUCUGUCUAUAACCAAAGUGACAAUUGUUGUCCAGAGUUUUUAUUAAAGGAAAUCAUAUUUGUUUAACUCUUUAAUAUUUGUUGUCAAGGCUUCUUUUAAACACUUAAACAUUCCAUAAAUGUUUCCAAUUACAUAUGCAUUUGACUUUAUUCAUUUCUAAUCUGAAAGAUGAUUUUUAUUUUUCAUUUCCUUGUGAGUGUCUUUUUGGUCAUGAUCCUCUCCCACAGCAGAAAUGUCAAAUAUCUAGGUCAAGUUAUUUUGUAAUGUAAGCAAACUGGUUUGAACUGUCAAAAGUUCAUUUUGAAAAAAAGUUUGCUUUUGUUAAGGUUGGGCUUUACCAUCAUAACCAAUGCAAUCAUUUUCCCCCUUGUCUUAACUUUUUUUUAGAUGAGUUCAAAAAUAAUAUGUUUUAAAUAGGUAUGCAGAAUUUAUGAAAAUGGGAUUUUUACCCCAGGAUGGGAGACUACCAGGUACUUACAUAAACUUUUUGUUAAGAUGUUUCAAGUUGCCCUAGCUAUCAUAAUAGACCCUGUUGGUUAAAGAUGUUCUAACCACUAUUGUGACAAUGGAUUGGACCUUGUUAAAUGAAUGUAUUGCUUGAUUGAUGGAAUAAAUGCUGCUUUAUGUUGUUUCAGUGGAGUCAAGGAUUUGUAUAGUACUUACUAUACAAAUCCUUGGUGGAAUAACUUGAGAACUGAUUAUCCAAAACUUUUCAUAAUAUAAUAUGUUAUGUCUCAUUACAAAACUGAGGUCAUGUUAGAUUUUGAUGAUUUUCACUUGUUACGUUCAGGAGUUAUUGUCCUUGAUUGCUUUAAUAAUGACACUAAUAAAUGUAAGGAAAACCUAAUUUGUGGUCAUUUUGAUAGCUUCUUGCUAUAUUCUAAUAUCAUUUUUAAUCUUUUUGAAAACAUUCUCUAACAAAAACAAGAGUUUGUUCACAAAGGCUAAAUAUAGGCCAGGCUAUUGACUAUUCCUUGAAAUAAGUUGUUUAACAAUUGUCUGAGAUUUUGUCUUAGCAAAUUAAUUGAUUAAUGAUUAGAUUCAUUUAAAUGAUAAUUGUAAGUCUUUUUUAAGAUUAAUAUUCAAGUACAAAAUACAAGAAUACGAUAUGGGACACAACAGUUUUGCAGCAAUUUUCUUCAGAUGGUCACUUUAAUAGUUUUGCACAUUUAAUUCCUGUGUUUUAUGUAGUUGUUUGAUGGUGUUUGGAAAAUAAUUUUGUACAUAUAUUUUUUUAACUUUUUUAAUUUGUUCAACAAAUCCUUAUAAGAGAACACAAUUGUUUUGUUAUUUAGAUAUCAUGUUUGAAAAAAAUGCAUGGUGGAUUAACAUUUAAUUUAACAGGAAAAUAUUUCUUAAAAUUUUGUACAAGAGAGUUUUAUGUGUAUGCAUUAAAAAUUCAAUUAUAAGAAUUAGGUUACCAUACUUAGUUUUGAAAAAUAUUUGGAUUCAAAAUCUUACAAAUUGGUAUAAAUUAUAUAGUGUAAAAAAAUGUGUUCUUUGAUGAAAUAAACCAAAUUCAAUUAUUGCUCUGUCUGUAUCCCAUGUUUAUGGAUAAAUAUUGAUAAAAAGGGCAUGCAGAUUAUACACAAAUGUGGACUUUACACGGCCUAAUACAGUAUUUGAUUCACAAAUAGCUCAAAAUUGUAGUGUAUUUCUAAAAUGUGUUUUUCUGAAUAAGAUUGAUAUGUAUUGAACAAGUGAAUUUCUUAGAAAAUAAAAAGAGAGUCUCAGUUUUA